UCUCUCUCUCACAGUUUCUCUCUCACUGAUUCGAUUCGCUCCUUUUCAGAAAUUCAGAUUUUAGUUAGAGAGCCAAAACAGAAACCCCAAAAACAAAAACAAAUGGCGGUUAACGAGUUUUCCCUCCCUUUUCAAAACCUUGACCAUAAAAUGGAAACUUCUCUUCUCCUCAAUGCCAAAGCCCUACAACAAACCCACCACCACUUCUUCAACCCCACCAGCCACCACGAUCUCUUCUAAGCUCUACCCAUCUUCUUCUUCUUCAUCUUCUUCCCCGCCUACUACUGCAUCUCCAUGGAGUCCGGGCCCUCAAAAUCCCUAGAUGACGGCCACCUUUUUUCCUCUCCUCCUACGGCCGAAACCCUAGAUGAUGUUGCAUUGCCUUCUCCGCCUCCGCUUUCCCAUCAAGAAACCCUAGAUGAUGUUACAUUGCCUUCUUCGCCUCUGCGUCCUCAGGCGCAAACCCUAGAUACUGAUUCGUCGGUUCUUGUUAAUGCUUCAGGUGAUGCCUCACCAUCUUCGCUUCCCAAUUCUUUUGCGGACAUCGGACCUUUGUCUCCCAAGAGGCCCUUUGCUUACUCUGACCCUUCUUACUCCCUAUCUUCCUAUGGAGAAGUUUCUAUGAUGGGUGCGGGUCUCGAAAAUCUCGGGAACACUUGCUUUCUCAAUGCAAUUCUUCAAUGUUUCACCCACACGGUCCCACUCGUGCAGGGUCUUCGUUCAUGCAAUCAUGCAACUCCAUGCGAGCGCGGGAGUAAAGAGUUUUGUGUUUUAUGUGCUCUCCGUGACCACGUUGAGCUCUCCUUGGCUUCAUCUGGACGGAUUAUCUCGCCCUCAAAAUUGGUGGACAAUUUGAGCUAUUUAUCUUCCUCUUUCCGGAGAUUUGAGCAGGAGGAUGCCCAUGAAUUUCUACAAUGCUUGCUGGAUAGGCUUGACAGCUGCUGUUUGGAUCCUACCUUGCAAAAUCAAAAUUUAUCUUCGCAAGAGGUUACUUUUGUUAAGCAGAUUUUUGGUGGUCGUCUAAAAAGUCAGCUUCGAUGUUGCAACUGUAGUCACCGUUCAGACACUUUUGAGCCCCUGAUCGAUCUAAGUUUGGAGAUUGAUGAUGUAGAUACACUACCAAAUGCUUUGCAAUCUUUUACAAAGGUUGAAAACAUUGAAGAUCCAGAGACAAGAUUCACCUGUGAAAACUGCAAGCAGAAAGUAUCAGUAGAGAAGCAGCUUACCCUGGACCAAGCCCCCUUAGUUGCGGCAUUUCAUUUGAAGAGAUUUAAGAAUGAUGGUUCAUAUGUUGAGAAGAUUGACAAGCAUGUGGAGUACCCAUUGGAACUGGACUUGCAUCCCUACACUGGCUGUGAUCAAAAGAAUAAUGUUAAUUUAAAGUAUGAAUUAUAUGCAGUUGUAGUGCAUAUUGGAUUUACACCUUGGUCUGGACAUUAUUACUGCUUCAUUCGUUCCUCUCCACACACAUGGCACAGGUUGGAUGAUUCAAAGGUGAUGAGAGUUACACAGGAGUUUGUCCUUGCUCAAGAGGCCUACAUUCUAUUCUAUGCAAGGCAUGGUUCACCCUGGUUUUCAAGUUUAAUGGAAACACUGAAACCAUGCAUGAAUACAAACAGUCCCUCUACUUCCCCGAAGUCUGUUCUAGAUGUAGAGAGGGUGUGUAUUCCACUUCCUCUCAAGGAAAAUAGUUGUAGAGAGGCAAAUGGAGCUAGAGAUGAUGUGGGUAAAGUUUCUAAUACUCUUCCUCCUGGAGCAAGUAGCUUCACUGUGUUUGAUGCAGCUAAUGAUGAUGAGGAAAGAAMAUCUUAUCCAUGUCAAGACCAUAAUUGCUGUAGCAAGCCUGAGGAAAGCAGAAAUAAUGUUGGUGUCUGUCCUCAAACGCCACCUCCUAGAUCUCCUAGCCCUGAUAUAUACUCAGAUGGUCCUUCAGAAAAGAGCUACAGUAUUCCACGUGCCCAUCUGAGAUCAGAGGAAAGGCUACCUUGUACAAGGCCUGGGAACAAUGCUCUGGAGGAGUUUAAGAAGAAGCAGCUAGUUAAACUGACCAAAACAAUGCCUAGUUCACGGAGAAAUGGAUUAAUGGCUGCUUUACAGACAUCCCGCAGUGAUGGUUCUUUGGACAGGAAAAGGAGACGGACAGUGUCACGUUGGGAAGAUCACCGAGAUAGGGAUGCCAAUAGGACUACUUAUAGGAAGCUCAGCCCCCAAUCUAUCACGCGUGCUGUUACAGCUGGGGAUUUUCGCUAGACAACAUAUCCAAGUAAAGGUCGAUAAUUCAGUUUCUCAACUAACCCAAGAUGCCUAGUGAAAGGCUGUUAUAUCUGCUGCAGGUUCUGUUUUUGUUUUCCCUCCAUGGGUUGUAGAAAUUGUGGGUAGUUAUUUUUGCAUCUGUAUAGUGUUGUCCCUGUUGCCGUCUGUGCAUGUCUCCAAUUUUUAAGAUUAUGCGCAGUUACAAAAUACCUGCCCUUUCCAAAACUGAUGUUACAUCAUAAUGGGUUUUUGGUUGGUUAAAGUCAGAUUCUGAGACCAGGAUAUGAUAGCUCUAUUUUGGACAAUUUUGAGUUAUUCAAAUUAUGUGAGAAAAUGGUAGUCAGUAUUUGCAGUCCACAGUUCUGAUGGUGCAUCGCAAAUUUGCAUUGUCAUGUCAAGGCUCAACGGUGAGACUGGCUAAUCGACGAGAAGAAAUCCUUCUGGACUGAUAGGUCUGGUCUCUUUCGGGUUGGGUAGAUUGGAUUCGACAUCAGCACUCCGCACACAAGUGGUCACACUUCGAUGGAUUAAUAGUUAAAACAUUAUUGUUCUUUUGAUUUUUUCUUCCUUUUUUUUAUGUAUCUAUGAUGAAUUUUGAAAACAA